AUGCUUACUUCAAUUACCUCUCAACGGCUGAGACCCUUUCUUCUUCUUCAUCUCCGUCACACUCAAAUCCUCGUAUAUUCCUCUCUUCCUCACUCUGUUUCCACCAAACCCAUUUCGAUUCACAACCCUUCUAAACCAGAACCGCAAUCAAGUUCAACAAUUUAUGACCACACCACGGUGCGUGAAACGCUUUCUUCUUACUGCAAUGACUGGAAGAAAGCCUUGGACUUCUUUAACUGGCUGGAAACUGAAUGUCACUUCCUACACUCCACUGUAACCUACAAUCGCAUGCUUGACAUUCUUGGUAAGUUCUUUGAGUUUGAGCUCUGCUGGAACUUAAUUCAAAAAAUGAAGCAGAACCCAGUUUCUGUUCCUGAUCAUACUACAUUUCGUAUACUGUUUAAGAGGUAUGUAUCUGCACACCUUGUAAAGGAAGCUAUAGAUACUUAUAAUAGAUUGGAAGAGUUUGGUUUGAAGGAUGAGACCUCCUAUUGUAAUCUUAUUGAUGCUCUUUGUGAGUAUAAGCAUGUGAUUGAAGCCCAAGAAUUCUGUUUUUGGAAGAACAAAGAUUUGGGUUUUGAUAACAGUACUAAGCUCUAUAAUUUACUUCUUCGCGGGUGGUUGAAAAUGGGGUGGUGGGGUAAGUGUAGGGACUUUUGGGAAGAGAUGGAUAGGAGAGGUGUUCGUAAAGAUUUGCAUUCGUAUUCAAUAUAUAUGGACAUAUUAUGCAAGAGUGGAAAGCCGUGGAAGGCUGUGAAGUUGUACAAGGAGAUGAAGAACAAAGGGAUCAAACUGGAUGUGGUGGCAUAUAAUACGGUUAUUCGUGCCAUUGGUCUUUCUGAUGGUGUUGAUUUUUCAAUGAGGUUGCUAAGGGAGAUGAAGGAAUUGGGUUGUCAACCAAAUGUCGGGACGUAUAAUACAAUUAUAAAGCUUUUGUGCGAGAAUGGGAGAUGUAAGGAGGCAUUUUCGUUGCUUCAUCAAAUGCCUAGGAUGGGAUUACUACCAGAUGUGAUAACGUAUCAUUGCAUUUUUAAGCAUCUAGAGAAGCCAAAUGAGAUUCUUAGACUGUUUGAUAGGAUGACUGAAAGUGGGGUUCAACCAAAGAUGGACACUUUUGUAAUGCUUAUGAGGAAGUUUGGAAGAUGGGGAUUCCUCAGACCAAUGUUUCUUGUGUGGAAUAGGAUGGAAAAACUUGGGUGUAGUCCUGAUGAGUCUGCUUACAAUGCUUUAAUCGAUGCUCUGGUGGAAAAAGGUAUGUUAGACAUGGCUAGGCAGUAUGAUGAAGAGAUGCUAGCAAAGGGGCUUUCAGCUAAGCCAAGGGAGGAGUUGGGGACAAAACUAGUGAGCUGUGAAUCUGAUGAUGGGCAUUUCCACCUGCAUUUUUCUGUUGAAAAGAAAAUGGGAGCUCAGGAAUACCAUCUAAAUAAUGCAAACAGUGCUGAAGGAUAUGGUAUUUAUGGCUCCCAGGUACAUGUUAUUAUGAAGGUGUGCAGCUGA